AUGAAACUGGAGUUACCUCCAUUAACUAUCGAAGUCGCUCCAGCUCCCGCUCCAGCCAAGGCACCCAAGAAGAAGGCGGCAGCCAAGCCCAAGAAAGCUGGACCCAGCGUUGGCGAGCUGAUCGUCAAGGCGGUGUCCGCUUCCAAGGAGAGAAGCGGCGUGUCCCUGGCAGCGGUCAAGAAAGCCCUGGCGGCCGGCGGCUACGACGUAGAGAAGAACAACUCCCGCGUCAAGAACGCAGUGAAGAGCCUCGUCACCAAAGGAACCUUGGUCCAGACCAAAGGAACAGGCGCUUCUGGCUCUUUUAAGAUCAACAAGGAGGCGGAGGCCAAGGCAAAGAAGCCCGUUAAGAAGGUCGCCGCUCCGAAAGUCAAAAAGUCAGUCGCCAAGAAACCCGUUGCUGCCAAGAAGCCCAAGAAGGUGGUUGCGAAGAAGCCCGCGGCUGCCAAGAAGUCACCCAAGAAGGUUAAGAAGCCCGCGGCAGCCAAGAAGGCGAAGAAGCCCGCAACACCCAAGAAAACAGUGGCCAAGACCCCCAAGAAGGCAGCUAAGGCAGCGAAGCCCAAAGCCGCCAAGCCCAAGGCGGCCAAGGCAAAGAAAGCAGCGCCUAAGAAGAAGUAAAUCUUCG